AUGCCCAAUAUCACGCCCGUCCCAGCACUUCCUUGGAAUUAUAUCGCAAAACUUGUAUGCAUAGGAGAUUCAGGAACUGGGAAAUCUAGUUUGACCAUCCGAUUAUGCGAAGGCAGAUUCUCCUCCUCCCACGAUGUGACCAUCGGUGUUGAAUUCGGUUCGCGAAUAGUACCUGUCGGCCCUCCCGCCAAUGCUUCGUUAGGAAUCGGUGCUCCUAGGAGCGGGGACGCCAGCCGCACAAGUCCCACAGAGCAAAAGAAGAUGAAACUGUCUUUAUGGGACACUGCAGGGCAGGAGACCUACAAGAGCAUCACGAGGAGUUAUUUCAGGGGUGCCUCUGGCGCUUUGUUGGUAUUCGACAUCACACGAAGGAGCAGUUUUGAAUCAGUCACUGGGUGGUUGAACGACCUAAGGCAAAUUGCUGAAGAAGGGAUUGUUGUCAUCCUCGUAGGCAACAAAUCCGAUUUGGCUGCCGAAAGCACCGGGGUUGACGGCGGCACCAAGCGUGCGGUGACCAAAGAAGAGGCGGAGGACUGGUGCCGCCGGGAGAACGUGGUUAAAUAUGUCGAGACCAGUGCCAAAAGUGGUGAAGGAGUCGAGCAGGCAUUCCUCGAGGUGGCCGAAAGAAUAUACCAAAACAUUGAAGCCGGGAAAUAUGAUCUCAACGACCGCCGCAGCGGCGUCAAAGGCUAUGGCAGCGGUGCCGGACGCGAGGAAGGGAAAGCUCCCAAGACUGUCAACCUUACAAUGAAUGAUGCGGUCAAAAGCGGUCAAGGCAGGGGAUGCUGCUGA